GGCUCACUACAUUUUUUAUGUUGCCAUGAUGUUGCGUUAGUGUAGUGGAUGGAAGGGAGACUAGAUGGAAGUCUAUCAACCAGUGAAGAGGGACCGUCACUCUACAGUACAGGUAGGAGACUACCUGUACAUGUGGGGUGGGAGGCAGCCUGAUCUCCCUUUAGUACACGAUAAUGAGAAGAAGAAAUCGAUGUGUUCUGUAGUUGAGGUCUGUCAUGUACCAACUGGUGAGUGGGUACAAAAGCCUACCAUUGCUGACCCACCACUUGGUGUCCAUAACUAUGCUGCUGCUGUCAUUAGAAAUGAAAUAUUCUUUUUUGGAGGAGAUUGUGGUCAUGGUGACUGUUUUCAUAAUAGUUUAUACAGUUUUAAUGUUGAUACUUUCAAUUGGAAGGAACUCUGGCCUACUACAUCUCAUCAUGGUCCUAUGAUGAAGUCUGGCUCCAGCAUGAUAGCAAUAAAAGUGAAAGAUGAGGACUAUCUUGCAGUGAUUGGAGGGUUUGGAUCAUCUUCUAAUAAUACCCCACCACAACCUGGUGCCCAGUACAGUGAAUCUUAUGGUUAUCAACGUUGCAAUGAAGUUCAUAUGUACAGAUUAAAAACUGGUGAAUGGACUUCGCCGACAGUCACUGGAGACAGACCACCUCCUAUUAAUGGCUUAACUUUAACAUCAAUAACUAAUACCACUGCUAUAUUGUUUGGUGGUUAUGAUGGUGAAAGAUGGAGUAAUGAUGUAUAUGUAUUUGAAUUUACUGAUACAUCAGUGAAAUGUACAAAGUUUUCUAAUCCUGGAGAAUCAGUACAAUGGCCUAAGGAGAGAAGUAUUCAUUCCAGUGUAUUGAUCAACUGUAGCUCAGGACCACACAUACUAGUGGUGGGUGGAUUUGGUACCAGUGACUGUUGGUUGUUAAAUAUAAACAAAAUGGAAUGGAAAGAACUGACUAAUAUACCACACAGUGUCACUGAUAGAGAGUAUCAUUCUCUCUCAGUUUGGAGCGAGACACAGACCACUCAUUGGAUAAUUGAGUUUGGAGGAGAGACAUCAAUCAGUGAUACAAGAUUUAUUGAAAUCAUAUCUAGUACUGGUGAUUUGGUAGUACAGUCAGUACUGGACAUUAAUAAAUAUCAGAAGAGAAGAAUACAAGAUGCUGUAGGGAAGUGGAUGGAGGAAGGGAGUGUUGAUCUAACUGUUACUCGUGUUAAUAUGCUUGGUGCUCCUGGAGCUGGUAAAACCUGUACACAGCUCCUCCUACUAAAUGAAGACCCACCCAUUCAUGACACCAGUACGCCCAUAGCCUGCCCUGCCGUUAGGGCUACUAGAGUUGCCGUUUGCGAUAAAACGAUUUGGAACCGAGUGACUCGAGACAAAUUACUCGACCAAUUAGAGACUAAUGCUAAGCCACUUCUCAUAGUCUGGAGGGAAGAGGAGAGUGAAGAGAUCCUACCAGUUCCUACAGGAUUGUUCCCUUUAACCAUCGUACACCUACUCAACCAGAAAGAAUGCGUUACUAAAAUCUCUCCGUCCACGCCAGAGUAUUACAAAUUUCGAGAUGCCAUGUCCCUCAAGAUAACCUUCGAAGGGAAGGAGGACUCACUUCACCUCAUCAACCGUUACACUCAUAUUGAAGUGUACUUUACUGGUCCUACCCAGCACUGUCCAUUAGUACGUAAGCUACUCACAACAGCUAUUGAUAAUAGCAGUGAUGCCAUGCACCUCAAGCAUAAUUAUGUCAAUGCAUUUGCUUGCCUUUCAAAGAGGAAUAGAUGCUACUGUAUUGUUAGACCCAGGGAGGGUGGUCAUAUUGUCAAUUGUACUGUUUGUUCAGUGUCAGCUGCUAUUAGUAGUGAUCAUUGGUACUGGUUUGAAUCAGGACCUGUUGAGAAUGACAAUAAAACACAAAUAAAACAAGUUAAUGAUCAGUCAUCAGAUGAAAACCUCCAGUUAGAUGAGAAGCCUCAAAAGAGUGACCUCCAUAGAUUAUUCACAAGUUCUGCUGCUCAUUAUUCAACUAUUGGUACUGCACUUGAUGUUGAUGUGACUGACUUGUUGCAUAGUCCAAUGGCAGCCUCUGAUAAGCUCAUACUAGUGUUCCAGAGAUGGAUAGACUCCAAUAAAGGAGUGACCUGGAGGAAAGUACUUCAAGUUUGUGAUGAUUAUCCAGACCAACUUGGAAGAGUAAAAGCUGAUGUGGAAGGAUUCCUAUCAUCAGACAGUGCCAGGGGUGGGUCUAGGCGGGGUGGGCCAGGGUCGGCCAGGCCCACCCAAAAGAGAUGGAUAAAGUCCAAUAAAGGAGUGACCUGGAGGAAAGUACUUCAAGUUUGUGAAGAUUAUCCAGAGGAAUUUGGAGAAGCAAAAGCUGAAGUGAAAGGAUUUCUUACAUGA